UUUCAAUACCUGUGGGCUGUCUCGGUGAGUAGACUACCUUGCAUAUAUUAUAACAGCGAUCUACAGGAUGAAGACUUGUUACACCAAUGCUCGCAUUUUGACAUGCGAUCACCGUGAGGACAUAUCUGCGCGAGUGACGACACUACGUCACGCAAGGUCAUUUACCGUAGAUGGAGCCACUGGACGGAUUGCGGAUAUACAGUUUGAGGAGGAGGAGGGAAAGUUGCCUUUAGAAUCAGACCCAGACGGCUCGAUUACGAUCACUGACUUAGGG